AAGCUGAGAAGCCAACCUAAGACGAAUGUUUCAUUUUUCACAGCCCACUCAUAGUCUCGGACUGCAAGUUAACAUGGCUUUGAGCUUAUCCUACUGCACCUCUAUCUACCUCCAUAACCAAGUAAAAGUUAGUCAUAAUUUCAGCACAAAGAAAUGCCUUCAAACUGUCAAGAAACUAGUACACUCAACUGGAGUUCCUUCAAUUUUAACUCCACCUCAAGAAUCCCUUCAAAAGGGCAAUUGGGUUAAACUCAUUUGUGGGGCCAGCUUUGAGGAUGUUGUUGAUAUAAGGAAUCUUUCUCUAGUUUACACUCUUGCUGGAGUUGAUUGUAUAGACUGUGCUGCGGAUGCGGCUGUCGUGAGUGCGGUUAAUGAAGGGAUUGAAGCAGCGAUGAACAUUGUAUCGUUUCGUAGGCCAUGGGUUAUGAUUAGUGUUAAUGAUGAUGAAGACCUCCAUUUUCGUAAAGCUGCCUUUGAUCCACUGGAUUGUCCACUGGAUUGUUCAAGACCAUGUGAGGCUGUUUGUCCUGCCGAUGCUAUAGUUUUAAGGAAAGAGGACGCCUUGGAGGGAGGAGUGAUCAAUGAAAGAUGCUAUGGGUGUGGACGUUGCCUUCCUGUCUGCCCGUAUGAUAAGAUAAAGGCAAUCACAUACUUGAGAGAUGCUGUUACUGCUGCUCAACUGGUCAGAAGAAAUGAUGUUGAUGCUAUUGAGAUCCACACAAACGGAAGGCAAACUGUUUCGUUUGAGGAGUUCUGGAAUGAAAUGGGAGAUUCUGUUAGCCACCUGAAAUUAAUCGCUAUAAGCUUACCAGAUGUGGGUAAAGCAACUACGACCCUAAUGAGCACAAUGUUCUCAAUCAUGAGACCAAAUUUAAGUUGCUACAAUCUAUGGCAGUUGGAUGGACGCCCAAUGAGUGGAGACAUUGGACGAGGAGCAACCAGGGAGGUACUUGCUUAUGCUGUUCGCUUGGCAGCUACAGAGGAUAGACCCCCUGGCUUUCUUCAAUUGGCUGGUGGCACUAAUGCCCACACAGUAAAUGGGUUGAAGGAAAAGGGACUUUUUCAGAUCAGGAGGAACCUUGAGGAUGGUAUCUUGGCCGAACAAAUGUCUGGUUCAUGCAACUCAUUAAUUAGUGGGAUAGCAUAUGGUGGCUAUGCUCGGAAGAUUGUUGGAAGGAUAUUGAGAUCCAUGCAAUCACAGCAUGGACUUGCUUAUAUUGAGGAUUAUCCCGUGUAUUUAAGUGAGGCACUAAGAGAAGCCCUUGCUCUGGUUGGAUCAGUCAAAUGCUAUGCUCAGCUUGGCAUCGAUCAAAAAUAAUUCAGGUUUUUCUGAGAAGAAUUUAUGUAUAAAAUAAGAUGGGAAUGUUAAGUGAGACAUUCACAGAUGGGUCCAUAGCUCAGUGGUAGAGCAUUUGACUGCAGAUCAAGAGGUCACCGGUUCGAACCCGGUUGGGCCCUGCUUAUAUAUAUGUUUUGUAAUUUUUCCACUGAGAUUUGGUCUCCUUCUUGGUCUUGGUAUGCUUUUAUUUUAAAUCUAAUACUACUACUAAUGAAAUAAGAUGAUGAUUACAUUAAGAUGUAUCAUUAUA